GUCACGUCGCUCGUUCGCCGUCUGCGUGUUGUGUUUGUGUGCGGAGUGGCUGCUCGCUGCCUUUCGCUCGGACCAUGUCCGUCAACUACGCGGCGGGGCUAUCGCAUUACGAGCAUAAGGGCAAGUGCGGCUUGCCCGAGAGUUUUGAUUCCCCUGAGGAACUCGAGAGAAAGGUGUUGGAGUUGGCUGAUCUAGUACGGAACGCCUCUUAUUUGGUGGUGCAUACUGGAGCUGGGAUCAGCACAUCCUCGGGAAUUCCUGACUUUAGGGGACCUCGUGGUGUCUGGACGAUGGAGGAGCAGGGCCUGGAGCCCAAAUUCGACACCACUUUUGAGGAAGCCAGGCCUUCAAAGACUCAUAUGGCACUUGUGGCUCUUCAGAGGGUCGGCAUUAUCAAGUACGUGAUCAGCCAGAAUGUAGACGGGCUUCAUGUACGGUCAGGAUUUCCCAGGGACAAGCUUUCUGAGCUGCACGGUAAUAUGUUUGUGGAAGAAUGCACCAAAUGCGGCAAACAGUAUGUUCGAGAUUCAGUAGUUGGCACCAUGGGACUGAAAUUAACUGGCCGAUUGUGCGAUGUUGAAAAGGCCAGAGGUCUUCGAGCAUGCAGAGGAAAAUUACGAGAUACCAUUUUGGACUGGGAAGAUUCAUUACCUGAACGGGACCUCAGUUUGGCAGAUGAAGCCUGCAGGAAGUCUGAUGUGGCCAUUACGUUGGGGAGCUCCCUUCAAAUCAAACCGAGCGGCAAUCUGCCCUUUAAUACAAAAAAGAAAGGCGGAAAGCUGGUUAUUGUUAAUCUGCAAGCCACCAAGCUAGAUAGAUAUUCAGACCUCCGGAUAUUUGGUUAUGUUGAUGAGGUUAUCAGCAAAUUAAUGAAACACCUUGGUAUUGAAAUCCCUGAAUGGGAUGGACCCCAAGUGGUGGAGACAGCAAAUUCAAUCAAACAGGAAAUGGGAAACCACCUUCCAGUGAAAGAAGAUCUGGACAGUAAACCCAAAGUUGAGGUCAAACAGCAAAAUAGAGACACUGAAGAAGAGGGGACAAGUGGCCUGGAUCCUCUGGCAUCAAUCUCCCCAAAGUCCAAUGGCUGCUUCAAACAAGAUUGCCAAGAUGUGGAUUCCAAUAAUUUUGAGACUAAGCGCAUCAAGCUUGAGCCGGUCAUGGUGUGAAGUCUCCUUAUCUGCAAUAGUUUGGGACAACUUACUUCUGGGAAACAUUGUCACUCAAUUGUGACUAUAUAUUUAAGUAUUUUACUUUCUUUAUAAACUGGAUCCUCAACCCAGCCUGCAAUAACUGUCUGUCUUUGUGUAAAUGUAUUUACACUACGACGCAGUUUUUCUUUACAAAGGUCCUGUAAAGAUUCUUUUUAAUAGUAACUUUGAAGAAAGCCACAUUUUAGAGACAUCUACCUAUCCAGUAUAUGUAAACUGAAAGCAACAGGAACAAGUCUUUCUCCCUUUAUGUUUUACUGUACAGAGGAUGAGUUUGCCAAAGGGCCUUGCCUGUGCUAUAGCGCUCAAAUGAUUCUAUGUAACAGGUGGAUUUAGAAUUUUUCAUGUACAUGUUUAAUACCUUUCUAAGUAAAAUUCUUGCUUUACUCUGUCUCAAGCAAUGCAUCUCAUAAAUUUAUAAUGUAUUGAUAAUUGGAGGAGUUUUGUGAUUCUGUAACACAUUUUUUUCUUCAUUCACAGAAUACUGGCAAGGCUAGUUUCUAACAGUUGUCGGUUUUGUUUAGUUAGGUUAACAUUGCUGGAAAUAAAGAUCCCAAAGGGUAUUGGUGUCCUUUUUAAUUUCCAGUGCCUCAGGUAUUCAAGCAGUUGCCUGUAAAUCAAUGAAGUCCACUGAGGUCUUACAGAUGU